CAACACCGACCGAAAAUGGAAUCCGAAAAUAAGAGUUUCCAACUGUGGCGGGACUACAUGAAGCUAGCGGACGCAGUGCGGGAGAUGAAGUUAGGGAACUUCACAUCAGAACCGUCAACCGUUGACGGUCAUCACUCCAGUAUAUGCUCGACCAUGGUGGAAUUUGAACAGUUCCCGUCGCGAGCCUUGCUGUCACCGAUAGCACCGGUGGCGACACCACCUCUACGGCACGAAAAGGAAUCCCUGGAUUCCAAAAUUGUCCCCUUGCGUAAAGACGCUCCUUUACAUCCGAGCAGAAGCGCGGGUCCCACGACUCCUACAGCAGCGUCCAGACCCUCCGUGGGGACCCGGGUCCAGAGGGAGAGAAAGAGGGCGACCCGCUCCAAGAUGCCGGAGGGAGCGCCAUCACCUGAGCGCCAGUCCUGCAGCUUCUGCAAACACAACGGGGAGUCUGAGUCUGUGUUUGGGUCCCACAGUCUAAAGGACCAGGAUGGGGGCGUGGUUUGCCCGUACCUGCGACAGUAUGUAUGUCCUCUCUGCGGGGCCACCGGGGCUCAAGCCCACACCAAGCGCUUCUGUCCCCGGGUGGAAACCACCUACAACUCUGUCUAUGUCAAGUGACAGAGUUGUCUAUGUCAAGUGGCCGUUUACUGCGCUACCCUCUAGACCUACUAACAUAGUCAACUUGUUGUUGCGGGAUGUGUGGGACCAGAGCUAGAGAAGCGCUGGAGAGACUUCAGGCUGUUGUUUUGCAGACUUUCUUUAGCGUCUCUAGCGCACUGAGUGCGGACACUUGUAAGACGAUUUAGGUGUGAAUAUUUAGCUUAAAAGUCGUUUGGAAAAGCCUGACUAGUUUGUAGACUGUGUAAUAGCCCGUUUAUCGUGUGAUUUGAUUUAUUUAUUUACUUUUUCUCGUGUGUUUUCAACGUUUUUCACUUAUUUCAAUGUAUUUAUGACGUGUGGUUUUUCAUUAUUUGCGUGCCCGUGCACUUGUUCUUUAGAACACAUUUUGGUUUUGAGUUUUCUGUUUUAACUUUAAAGUGUAAAUCUCUCUGUCUGUCUGUGACCAAACUAACUGCGUCUUUACACGUUGGUGUGAGAUUUUGUAAAACCUCCCAGCCUCUUCCUGUAGAAUUAGACGUAUAUCCACGUUUCUCCCUGCUACUUUGAGGAGGGAAAAAAAACUGGAUUCCAAAAUUGUCCCCUUGCGUAAAGACGCUCCUUUACAUCCGAGCAGCAGCAAGGGUCCCAAGACCCCUACAGCAGCCUCUGGACCCGGGUCCCCUCCGGACACGGAGAGAAGGAAGACGACCUGCUCCAAGACACAGGAGGGAGCGCCAGUCCUGCAGCUUCUGCAAACACAACGGACAAAACUCAACGUUUCUCCCUGCUACUUUGGGAAGGGUUGUCUUGUUUUGAGACUUGUUUUUCUGACUAUUAUUUUAAAACUAUAUGCUCUAAUCUAACUGUACAUCUGCAGGUCUACAGGCCUAAAAUAACUUAUAAGAACAAUUGCUAUUGACAUCAAGACAACUUCUGUUUUAUGACGUGGUGUGCAGAGCUACUUUUGUGUCAUUGUAAUUUGCCGUGCUAGCUACUAUUUUAGUGUUAUACUUGUUUUUUUAAAGAUCUAGAAGUGUGGUUUCUUGUUUCUUGUUUGUUUUACUUUUCAACGUGUAUGCUACUUAGAUUAGAGAAGAAGGCCAAACAAAUGAUUGAUUCAUCCAAAUCAUAGACUGUCCUCUCUGCGGGGCCACCGGGGCUCAGGCGCUUCUGUCCCCGGGUGGAAACCACCUACAACUCGGUCUAUGUCAAGUCAUAGAAGCGCCAGCUCUGGUCAACUUGUUGUUGCGGGAUGUGUGGGACCAGAGCUAGAGAAGCGCUGGAGAGACUUCAGGCUGUUGUUUUGCAGACUUUCUUUGGCGUCUCUAAGCGCACUGUAUGCGGACACUUGUAAGACGAUUUAGGUGUGAAUAUUUAGCUUAAAAAUCGUUUGGAAUAGCCUGACAAGUUUGUGGACUGUGCAUUAGCCUGUUUAUCGUGUGAUAUGUUUUACUUUUUCUCGUGUGGUUGAAUUUUUUCUCUCACUUAUUUCUAUGUAUUUAUGACGUGUGGUUUUAUUUGCAUACCCGUUCAGUUGUUCUUUACACAUUUUGGGUUUGAGUUGUCUGUUUUUACUUUAAAGUGUAAAUGUCUCUGUCUGUGACCAAACUAACUGCGUCUUUACAUGUUGCUGUGAGAUUUUGUAAAACCUCCCAACCUCUAAUACUGUGUCUACUAAUAAACCGCCCUUAUCAACAAA